AUGGAAAACCGGAUCCACCACGAACAGGACUUGAUUGGUCUUUUGUGGAUUUUGUCCAAAUUGGGCGCUCCACGGGUAUUCCUCCAAAUCGUGAUCCUCGUGUGGUACACCGAUGGGCUUUUUGACCUUGGGGAGGAGUUCCAAUGGCUGGAAUUUUUUGCAGGGGUCGCAAAUUGCACCCUGUACAUGUUGGCACUCGUCUUCAUUCUGAAGCAGAAGACAUCGGAUUGCAUCUCCUGGUUUGCAAUCAAGUGCUCAUCGUUUACAGGUGUCAACCGGGGAACCAGUAAGAGAAGCGCAUGCAACAGCAUUGGUGACCCCAGUGUCUACUCCGUUGGCAUGUCCAAUGCCCUGUUGGAAAGGACAAUCCUCCUUUUGAUGGCCGUUGCUUGCAAAUGUGGAGUUUGGGUACUAGAACAACCAGGCUCUUCGGUUUUGGAGUUUUACCCGGCAUGGCUUCACAUGAUGGAAUACCACUACAAGCUGUUCGGAAACCAUGGAGUCAGCCGCAUCGGCUGGUGGAUGUCAAUGUACGGGAGCCCAACUCCCAAGCGGCAGUACGCUUGGUCCAACAGCACAGCCAUUCGCCGUUUGGAUGUGGGGACUUAUCCAGUUCCCUUCGCCCAGCGCAUCGUGAACAUCCGUGGUGACUUGAUCCAGGGGAGACCAAUGGAACCUCUUAUUCCAUCACCAUGCCCCCUUGGCCCACAAAUCCUGUCCUCCACUCCAGAGGAUGUGGAAGGCUUGUUUGCCACAGCUGACCUUGGCUCAGUUUACAGGUAUCUCCGGGGCGGGAAAGGCUUGCAGCUACCGCCCCACUGGCGUCCCUACAUGCCAUGUGAGGUGCCCUAG